ACCAUCCGGUCCGACCCGACCCGACCCGCCAGGUGAAGUACGGAACUGGACGCUUCAGCAGAGCGAGAUCAAUGGUCUAAGCCAAGAACCAAAAACCCUAAGAAGAACUGAAGAAGCUGAUCCGAAGAAGAUGAUGGCAUGGAGGGUAGGUAGAGCUUCCUCGACCUUCCUCAGCAAGCUCGUCAAUGGGCGCAUCACUAGCCAGACCCCUCGCAGUUUCUCGUCAGCUGAUGCAAAUAUUCAAUCCUUCCGCGAGAAGAUGAUGAAUCAAAUGCUUCAUCUCGACGUCAAUUCACAAAUCGGCAGUUGUAUGCCGCUUGCUGCCAUGCGUAUUGGGACCAUGAUCCACAACAUCGAAGUGAACCCAGGGCAAGGCGGGAAACUAGUUCGCGCUGCAGGAACCUGUGCUAAGAUCUUGAAAGAGCCCACUUCAAGAUAUGUCAUGGUGAGACUGCCUUCAGGAGCCGAAAAGUUGAUUGAUACUCGAUGCCGAGCUACGAUUGGUCAGGUGUCGAACCCUAGCCAUGGGAGUCGGAAGCUCAGGAAAGCUGGACAGAGCAGAUGGCUGGGCCGGAGGCCGGUUGUUCGGGGUGUGGCGAUGAAUCCAGUCGAUCAUCCUCACGGAGGAGGUGAAGGGCGUAGCAAAAGUAGUGGGAGCUAUGGGAGGUGUUCGGUGACGCCAUGGGGGAAGCCUUGCAAGUCCGGGUACAAGACUGGACCUCUUAAGCGUAGGAGGUAGAAUUGUGGUUAUCUUUCGGGUCUUUCACACCUGUUGCUUUUCCGAAAUGGAUGCGGCUACUUUUGUUCCCAGCACUACAACAUCAAUGUGCUUAUCAAUUGUUUCUUGUUUAGUUGUC